AUGGGUAAAGUUCACGGAUCCCUUGCCCGUGCGGGAAAAGUCAAGUCUCAGACCCCCAAGGUCGAGCCUCAAGAGAAGAAGAAGACCCCCAAGGGUCGCGCCAAGAAGCGCCUGCAAUACACCAGACGAUUUGUUAAUGUCACGUUGACCGGUGGAAAGCGGAAGAUGAACCCAAACCCUACCACAUAA